AUGCAGCGGCUCUUGUUGCUUCCAAUCACGGCCUGCCUGGCCCUCCGUGAGCAGCAUGCGGAGUCGCUGUCCGACUUGGCUGCGGCGUCGCUGUCCGACGUGGCGGCGUCGCUGUCCGACUUGGCCAGUGGGGAACCGGGGGGGUUUGCCAAUCGCACGCGUGCAGGUGUGAAGGGAAUGUGCAAGUACCGCAAUCCAGUGUAUGAUCAACUGGUUGAGGAUGUGGUACCGGGUACUCAGCUUGGACGGACUGUCCUGAUAUGCUUUCGCGACUACUAUGGCGAAAACAGCGUGGACCGCGUGUACAAGGUAGCCCGGUGCAUCAAAGACGCCUUCCAGGCAGCAAUUGUAUAUCCAAACUAUGUUGCCUUUGUGAAUAUCGGAGUGACCACUGCUAGGAAGGCGGGCUAUUUAGUGCAAGGCAGUUCCGAGGAUUGCGAGCUCUUCGUUGCGUGGGAUUUCGGGUGA